AGCAGUCGAGAAGUGUGAGCCGCCCCGGUAUCAGAGUCUAGGAGAAUUGGAGCCAGGCGCAGAUCCACAGGGAUAUCCAGACAUUCAGAGCCACAGGCACCAUGUCCGAUCCUGAUGAUGUCCGACCUGUUCCGCACAGGAGCAAAGUGUGCCGUCGUCUCUUCGGUCCCGUGGACAGUGAGCAGUUGCGCCGUGAUUGCGAUGCGCUCAUGGCGGGCUGUCUCCAGGAGGCCCGAGAACGGUGGAACUUUGACUUCAUCACGGAGACGCCGCUCGAGGGCAACUUCGUCUGGGAGCGCGUUCGGAGCCUAGGGCUGCCCAAGGUCUACCUGAGUCCUGGGUCUCGCGGCCGUGACGACCUGGGAGGGGACAAGAGGCCCAGUACUUCCUCUGCCCUGCUGCAGGGGCCAGCUCCGGAGGACCACGUGGCCUUGUCGCUGUCUUGCACUCUGGUGUCUCAUGCCCCUGAGCGGCCUGAAGACUCCCCGGGUGGGCCUGGAACAUCUCAGGGCCGAAAACGGAGGCAGACCAGCCUGACAGAUUUCUAUCACUCCAAGCGCAGAUUGGUCUUCUGCAAGAGAAAACCCUGAACUGCCCACGGGAGCCCCGCCCUCUUCUGCUGUGGGUCAGGAGACCUCUUCCCCAUCUUCUGCCUUAGCCCUCACUCUGUGUGUCUUAAUUAUUAUUUGUGUUUUAAUUUAAACGUCUCCUGUAAAUACGCUGCCUGCCCUCUCCCGGUCUCCAAACUUAGAGUUAUUUAAAACAAAACAAAACAAAAAAACAAAAAAAAACCCAAAACAAACCUAAAUUAGUAGGACAGUAGGCCCCUUAAUGUUGGGGACUUCUUUUUUUUUUUUUUUCUCCCAGAGCUGAGGACCGAACCCAGGGCCUUGUGCUUGCUAGGCCAGUGCUCUACCACUGAGCUAAAUCCCCACCCCCACGUGUUGGGGACUUCUGUUAUGUAGAUUAUUACUAUUUAAGCUCUUCUCAACCCAACCUCUGUGUUCCCUGUCCUGGAGGGAUGGUGGCACUGACCUCUUUCCAUCUGCAUCCGUUUCACACCCCCCCCUUCCCUGCCUGGUUCCUUGCCACUUCUUACCUGGGGGUGAUCCUCAGAAUAGCACUUUGGACAACUGAGUAGGACUUGGGGUCUCCUUGUCACCUGUAAGGCCAGCUAGGUGAAGCAGUCACAGCCUAGAACAGGGAUGACGGUUAGAACCCAACAGUAAUACCCCGACCCUUGACAUUGCUCAGACCUGUGAAGACAGGAAUGGUCCCCACUCUGGAUCCCCUUUGCCAGUCCUGGGGAGCCUACCUCCCCUGUGGGUCUCUGCCAGCUGCCCCUCUAUUUUUGAGGGUUAAUCUGGUGAUCUGCUGCUUUCUCCUCCCCACAUACUUCCACUCCCUCAGGUCAGCAGGAGGCAUCUCUAGGCACUUGCCCCACAGCUCAGUGGACCAGAAGGGAAUGUGUAUGCAGGGUAUACACUAAGUGGGAUUCCCUGUUCCUACCUUAGGCAGCUCCAGUGGCAACCCGCCCCCCCCCCCCCACCUUGUGGGUCUAGGGUGGGUCCUUGGUGGUGAGACAGACCUCCCAGAGCAUCCCGUGGUGGGUGGGGGUGGGGGUGGGCUUAUCUGGGAUGGGGACCCCAGUUGGGGUUCUCAGUGACUUCUCCCAUUUCUUAGUAGCAGUUGUACAAGGAGCCAGGCCAAGAUGGUGUCUCGGGGGCUAAGGGAGCUCACAGGACACUGAGCAGUGGCUGAUCCUUUCUCAGUGUUGAAUACCCUGUGGGUGUCGAAGCACUUAGUGGGUCUGACUCCAGCCCCAAACACCCCUGUUUCUGUAACAUCCUGGUCUGGACUGUCUACCCUUAGCCCGCACCCCAAGAACAUGUAUUGUGGCUCCCUCCCUAUCUCCACUCAGAUUGUAAGCAUCUCACGAGCAGGGACAGCACCCUGCAUUGUCCCGAGUCCUCACACCCGACCCCAAAGCUGGUGCUCAAUAAAUAUUUCUCGAUGA